GCACGUGGGGCUGGAAAGUCCAUACGAAUUGGACAUUCCGAAGAGGCCGAGCCAACAACCAGUCACCAACCAGCCACUUCGACUCGUCUGCUGCGAGUCAAGGAAAUGUGAUUGACAAGGUCUGCGUGCGUCGCUUCCUCGAGUUUCCGCAUCAUUGACUUGAAUCCGGCUUCUUAUUCGACGCCCCAUGCCUUCCUCCUUAUUUCCACGACUCUAGCUCAAGCCUCUGCGACCCUCUGGGUGGCUGCUUGCUCGGUCUCCGGCUCCUCGGUCCCCAGCACGAGCAGCAAACCUCACCCCGGCCUCUUCUUGAUCGUUUCAGUGUCCGGAGGCGUGUGCGUGUGGGUCGAUCGAUCCGUCGACUAGUUUUGGGGCGGGUCUCGUCGCUGUUUUGUGGUGGAGAGCUUGAGGUUUGCAGAUCUGGUAGUCUGAGUCGGACGGGCACGGGAGGCAGGGAGGGAGGAGAUAUGGAUUCCUCCGUAGACGCUCUGAAAGAUGACAACAUGGCGCUCGCAGGCAUAGCGUUGGCCGUGGUCGCUGUCGUUGUAGGUUCGGCCUUUUUGUUCGUUAAGCUGAAAAAGAAAGGAUCUCUAAAUCCGGAAAAGUGGACGCGUUUCAUCUUGGAAAAGAAGACUCAAGUCAGUCCCAACGUCGUAAAACUGAAAUUCGCUCUGCCUACUAAGACUUCAGUCCUCGGGCUACCUAUCGGUCAGCAUGUGAGUUGCAGGGGACAAGAUGUAGAAGGUGAGGAAGUCAUCAAGCCGUACACCCCUACCACUCUUGAUUCUGAUGUGGGCUUCUUCGAGUUAGUUGUUAAGGUCUAUGAGAAGGGUCGCAUGUCAGGAUAUUUUGGUAGGAUGAAGGAAGGAGAUUAUUUGGAAUGCAAGGGGCCCAAGGGUCGAUUCAGAUACACCCCAAAUAUGAUGAGAGCUUUUGGAAUGAUUGCCGGCGGUACUGGACUUACCCCGUGUUACCAGGUAACCAGAGCGAUUCUAGAAAACCCCAAAGACAAGACCAAUGUGUCGCUUAUCUACGCCAAUGUUACUUUUGAAGACAUAUUACUGAAGGAUGAUCUUGACAGAAUGGCAAAAAUGUAUCCUGAUCGAUUUAAAGUUUACUACGUUCUCAACCAGGCUCCUGCCGACUGGCAAGGUGGCGUAGGUUUCGUGUCUGCUGAUAUGAUCAAAGAUCACCUUCCUGCACCUGCCGCAGAUAUCCAGGUUUUGAGAUGCGGCCCGCCUCCUAUGAACAAGGCAAUGGGAAUGCACCUUGAUAACCUCGGUUACACCAAGGAAAUGCAGUUCCAAUUUUAAGUGAGCGUCAAUACAUUCUUCUCUUUCGCGUACCGAAUAUGGAGAGAGUACUGCUGGAUAAGGUCUCUGGAGCACAUUCUAAUUAGAUUGUUUCUAGCAGGAACCAAGUAGAUAAUUCAGACCUUUCACAGCUAAGAAAUGUGGACCCUCUUUUUUCGCAAGUCAAGUGGCUGGCAUGUAGAAAAUUUCUCUGAAACGUAAAUCGUAUGCAACUUCACUACAAUUUCUCUUGACUCUCACACUGGAAAACGUUGCUCAUUGUCUCUCGUAUGUAGAACGUGCUGUACUGAACUACGUGAGGGCUCCUACAAUGUAUAUCUCAUCAUAACCAAUCAAAUAGUCAAAACUCGUCACAAUAUUCAGCGGACGAGCAGUGUCUAGGCCAAAGCCCAUUAACGUCUCAAACAGGAACACUUAGAAGGAGACCCACAAGUUUUCCUUUGGGACAAUGUGCGGAGUUAAACUUAUGCAGUCAUGUAGAUGUGGAACUGACGCUCGUAUAUGCAGCGCUCGUCGUAGCGGGAACAACGAUCCGAAAUUGUUGAGGACGUGAAAUGAGUUUUGUCGUAUUGUUGUUUUCUGCCAUUGAAUAUUGGCCAUUAUCAAUCAAC